AUGGCUCUCUUUACUAUCCAACUCAUCGUGCCUUCAGACAUCGAUGACAACCUUUAUGAAAUCACUCAACUUGUCAAACAGCUAUCACCCUCAGCUAUCGAAGCUAACGUAAAAAGAUCCCUCGAAUCUCCUUUGAAUCACAUCGUAAUUGCUCGAGACAUGUACGACAAAAAGAUCAUUGGUUCAGCUACUCUUGUCAUCACUCAUUGCAUGACCGGAUUACGCGCUCAUGUUGAAGAUGUCAUUGUGACCGAAUUAUGGCGCGGAAAAGGGGUUGGAAAAGCUCUGCUGAAAAAGAUCAUUGAGAUAUCCCAAUCGCUACACACGAAGACCUUGGACCUAACGAGUAGACCCGAACGAGAGACAGCCAACUCGUUGUAUCAAAAGCUGGGAUUUGUUCGGCGUGAAACAAAUGUGUAUCGUUAUUCUCUAUAA